AUGGAGGUUCAAACUCCUUGGAAUGAACAUUCGUCUGAAUUAAAAACGAAUUACGUAAAUGCAGAAGAAGUUCGCUUUAAUAAACUGGUUAAAAGGUUGAGAAAUGAUCCACUGCUACAUCAGCAGUAUCACUCAGUUAUAGAACAACAUUUAAAAAUGGGUAUAGCUGAGGAAAUUGAUCCAAGUUCUGAAGAAACAGGAAGAAUAUUUUACAUGCCUCACCAACCAGUUAUUCGACCUGAUAAACCCGUAAGAGUUGUAUUUGAUGCAUCCAGCCAUUCGAAAAAUGAAUACUCUUUAAACGAUUGUCUCUAUUCCGGUCCUAAUUUAAAUCCACCAUUGUUGGAGAUAUUAAUACAAUUUCGUUCACAUAGCAUAGCAUUUACUGCCGACAUUGAACAAGCCUUUCUCCAGAUUUCUCUGUCACCUGAAGAUAGGGAUGCUGUAAGAUUUUUGUGGGGAAAUAAAAACCUUACAGAUAAGGAUGGGAAACCUAACACGAAAAUACUUAGGAUGACUCGCGUUUGUUUGGCUACAUCCAGCCCAUUUUUGCUUGCCGCUACUAUCAAAAUCACAUAA